GUAAGACGCGUGAAGCAAGAUGGCGUCGCCUGAAGCUUAAAUCGGUGUAAAUGACUUUAUCUCCGUGAAGUCGCGCCUCCCCCGAGGCUCCGGUGCUGUUUCACGGUUGUUCCGGUUAAGAGAACCCUCCUCUACCGGGUACGUGUGGUCGCAGGGCGCCGCUGAGCUCCAGAGGACAGCCCGCGGACCGUGUCUCUUCUCCCCCCCCCCACCCCGCGACCCUCCACCAGCAGCCGGGGAGGCGAGCUGCUGUCAGCCGGGACAGGAUGGACACCGGGGAGUACAUGGAGACCAUGGACUCCACGUUAUCGGAGUUAGGGGACGAGUUCACGUUGGGGGACAUCGACGAGAUGCUGCAGUUUGUCAGCAACCAAGUGGGGGACUUCCCCGACUUGUUUGAGGACCAGAUGAACCCAACGGGCUCGCUACAGAGCGGCGGGGCCACUGUCACCCCGCGUCCCGCCGUUCAAACCCCUCAAGCCCCCCCAACCCCCCAGACACCAACCCCAGUUACCUACCUGAACCCCAGCGUUACCCUCACCUGCCCACAGACACUAUCUCCCCAGUCUUUACCCCUCACCCCUCCCCUCACCCCCGCCCAAGCCCCCUCCCCUAUCGCCGCCUCCCCUGUGCAGCAGCAGGUGACCCGCAGCCCUCCGCUCCUUCAGCCUCGGCCUCAGGUGGUCCAGCCCAUCCAGCCUCAGCCCCAACAGACAGCUCAGCCUACCAUCCAGGUAUCAACUAUCAUACCACUUGCACGCGAGACUUGGAUGCACACCCAGGGGAUCCCGAUGCAGACCCAGAGCUUCCCGGUCCACACCUUACUUCAGACUCAAUGCCAGACGCCCAUCCAGACCCAGGCGGGGCAAACUGUGAUGAUCGCCCCUAACGGUGGGCAGUCGCGUUUCAUCCAGAGCCCUGUGAUCUGCCACCAGGGUUCUACUCCUGGGUUCCAAGUCAUCCAACCACAGAUGCAGAGCAUCAUGACGUCACCACAGCUCCAGCCAUUGACCAUUCAGCAUCAGCGACUUCUGACUCCAACUGGUCAAACCAUCCAGACUCUGUCUGCAGCACCGACCACAGUCCACACUAUGCAGCAGCAGAUGCAGCAGGUGCAGCAGGUCCUAGUCCAGCAGCCUCAGCUUCUGAAAACAGAUUCGCUGGUUCUCACAACUCUCAAACCAGAUGGCACUCAGGUGCUGUCGACCAUGCAGAGCCCCAACGGGAUCACCACCUUGACCACGCCCCUCCAGAACACUCUGCAAGUCCCGCAAGUAAACAAUUCAAGGGAUCUGAUUGGCUGCUAUCUGUCCGCCAACAGCACGCUGAUGAGCAGCAACAUCCUGACCACCGUCCCUAUGGUGAUGGGCGGAGGAGACAAGCUGCCAAUCAAGCAGCUGCAGCCUGGCUCCUCCCACUGCACAACUGUAGCCAGAUCAAAUGUGGAUCACGGCUUCAUGAACAUGGGAGUACUGGGCCCGGGAGGAGUGGUGAAGGAGGGCGAGAGGAGGACGACACACAACAUCAUCGAGAAGAGGUACCGCUCCUCCAUCAAUGACAAAAUCCUCGAGCUGAGAGACCUGGUCAUGGGCAACGACACAAAGUCUGCAUGCCUUGCUUCCCAGAUGCAUAAAUCCGGAGUGCUCAGGAAGGCCAUCGACUACAUCAAAUACUUGCAACAGGUCAACCACAAACUACGGCAGGAGAACAUGGCCCUUAAAAUGGGAAACCAGAAGAACAAGCCAGUGACGCUGUCGGAGGAUGUGGACCUCAAACAGGAAAUAGUCAUGAUGUCACCUCCGGCCUCGGACUCUGGCUCCGGUUCCCCCGAGCAGUUCUCUCCUUACUGUGUUGACUCGGAGCCCGGCAGUCCCUUACUGGAUCACGACAAGGUGAAGAGUGAGCCAGAUUCUCCCUCCACCGUCGGAGUGAUGGAUCGUUCUCGACUGCUUCUCUGUGCCCUCACCUUCUUCUGCCUCUCUCUGAACCCGCUGCCCUCUCUUCUGGGCUCUGAGGACUCAGGGAGCCACGGCCUCUCUGCCGGCCAUGGGCCAUCGAGAACGCUCGUCUGGUUCCCAACACACACACAGGACUUCGCGUCCUGGCUGCGGUGCCUGCUACCAUGGGUGAUGGUGUGGGUGCUGAGUGGGGUGGGAGCCGUGUGGGGCUGUGUCAGGGUGCUCUACCUGUGGGAGCCCGUCACACUCCUCCACUCCCCGAAGUCUGUGUCCUUCUGGAGGCAUCGCAAACAAGCCGACCUGCAUCUCAACAGGGGAGAUUACAAGGCAGCACUGGUUAGUUUGGAGACCUGCUUGGCCGUCUUGACCCGCGCUCUUCCCUCAACCAAUCUGGACCUGGUCUGCUCGCUUUCCUGGAAUCUUAUUCGCUACUGCCUGCAUCGUCCAACUCCUCUGGGAUGGCUGGUUCACCAGGUCAGAGGACAGCACGAGGGAGAGGAGGCUCGGACGAGUGCGAAGGACGCGGCUCUGGUUUAUCACCGUCUGAGCCAGCUGCAGCUCACAGGAAAGUUGCCUCAGCGAAGCAGCCUGUGGGCUUUGUCUCUCUCUCUCAGCGCCGUCAACCUCAGCGAGAGCGCCCGAGGCAAGAUGGCCCCUGCUCAGCUCACCCAGAUCUACGUCACUGCAGCGACCGCCCUGCGCACACUGCUGGGCCACCACCUCUCCUUUCUGCCUGGUUACCUGCUGAGCUGUGCUGAGAGUGUGGCCAGCCACUCAGACACCAAGCCGAUCCCCGACUGCCUCCGCUGGCUCUUCACCCCAUUGGGCCGGCAGUUCUUCCUGAGCUGUGAUUGGUCAGUGAAGUCAGAGUGCAGCGACAGCGUGUACACUUCUCAGAGAGAUUCGGUCGACCCCAUCGCCCAGCUGCACCGCUGUUUCUGCAGGAAGCUUCUGGAGCGAGCCGUUCACACCCUCAUUCAGCCGCAGAGCGACUCCGAAGCAGGCAAACGCAAGAAUGACUCUGGGGAGUUUUCAAGUGCUAUGGAGUUCCUCCAGUUGUUGAACAGCUGCACAGAGGACUCUCCUUCCCUGCCUCCGCCCUUCUCGACUCCUCCCAAUCACAUCACCACAUCAGUGGGAGACCCGGUGAGUCGCUGGUGGGCCCUGGUCCUGAAGGCUGCGGUGCACUGGCUGCAGGGAGACGACGUGGCAGUGAGGUCACUGCUGGCCGAGGCAGAGCGAAUGCCGAGGGCUCUGCACACGCUCGACCACUCUCUUCCCAAGGCUGUGCUGCUGCUUUGCAAAGCGGUUCAGAUGAGUCUGUUGCCCCUGAAGGGAGAAGGAGCAGUGGCCUGUCUGUCCCACUGUGACAGAGCCAGCAGCCACCUGCGCGCCAGCAUCUCCGAGCCACUCGCCCAGUCGGGCAACUGGCUGAACAAGGGGGUGGAGCUCCUGGUGUGCGACCUCCUGCUGACCUUGAGGACCAGUUUGUGGCAGCGAGGCGGCAGCAGCAACGGAGAGCCCGGCCCGGCCCCUGGAUCCCAGUUGGCUGGUUUUCAGAGGGACCUCAGCGCGCUCAGGAAGCUCACACAGUGCUACAGGCAGGCGCAACACAAGGUGUUUCUCCAUGAGACCACAGUGAGGCUAAUGGCCGGUGCCAGUCCCACAAGGACGCACCAGCUGCUGGAGCACAACCUCCGACGCAGGACACCCAACUCCUACACAGCCGGUGAGUGUGUCCUGGGCGAGAGGGAGAGGGCCCACGCCAUCCUGCUGGCCUGCCGCCACCUGCCCAUGCCCCUGCUAACUCCGCCCGGGCACCGCGCCCGCCUGCUGGCCGAGGCCAAACGCACCCUGGAGCGGGUGGGCGACCGCCGCUCCCUGCAGGACUGUCAGCAGAUCCUGCUGCGCCUCAGCGGGGGCACGACCAUCGCAGCCUCCUGAACAAAUACGACUUAAAAACCCCCGACUCAUCCACCAACACGUAAUUCUGUACCUGUCACAUGUUCCCACCCUCACGCUGAUCCACGCAUAUAUGGAUUUGUCUACCGCAGCCUUGUAUCCACACAGCAGCUACACAUCUGCUCCUCUAACUCUUAGUUGCCCUUUUGCAGCACAAUCACGCCACCUUCUGGCCAUUAAUGGUAUCACGCCGGCUAACUGCCUCAUUUUAAACAAUGCUUAACAACAAGGGAAAUCAGGUGAAAUAGGCCCCACAGGGAAAAGGGAGCACGAACUCAUAGCUUGAAUAGAUGCAGUGCAUUGAUUAGCUGUAGGAAGCCGAGCUGUACAAUCAUUUCUGCCAAACGGUAACUGUUUAAUAUCUCAGUAAACUUGCAAGCUUCUAUUAAAGGGCUUCAGUCUGUUCAAGAGUGGACUGCCCUGACCUGUUGAGCAAGGCUGUGCUGGGGGCUGCAGACAGAGAGUGGCCUGCACAGUCUCUUCUUAUCUACCUCAUACACAGCACAAAGCCAGCACUGUCCUGCUGAGCAUCACAGGACACUUCAGUCAGUUGUCCUGAAUUUGAAUCAAGUGACUGUUUGAGGAGAUGCAGGGAAGCAGUCGAUUGUGGGAUAAUAAGAAACAACAGACACACAGAAACUCACCAGCACUACAGGUCAAAGGUUUAAGAACGUCUCAAUUCUUCCAGCUGCUUUUUUAAAAUUAGAGAUUUAAUCCUGGAAUCUUCUUGUUCAAUUGCAUUAAAUCUUCUUUUUAUUUUUACUCACUCACAAACACAAUUAUGGCAUCAAGUAUUUCGUUUUAAUCCGAUCAGUGUUGAAGAAGUUCCCACGUACUGGUUUUGUGUUGACCUUCGGGUCAGUUCAUCACAAACCAGCAGCACGAGGUUUGGAUCUGAAGACUGUGCUGCUCUGCAUCACGUGAAGCCUCCACCCGCUUCUCGUCUCCAGUGUUUUGACUCAUAAGAAUCUAACAGCCACACUACUCCCUGCAGUAAUCAAUAAACUUAAAUAAACUUUAUUUUUACUUUAGGCUGUAAACAGAUUUACCUUUGUUCUAUUUCAGUGGUAAAGUGAGGAAGUCUAAAACCUUUGACCAGUGGUGCACAUAAGACAUGAAUUGCAUACACACAAUGUGAUUGUAUAUAGUUUGUAAAUAGGCAGAAAGCAGAAGUAGAAUUCUUACGCGCUGCUUGAGAGAAGAAGAACAAAAGAACUGUAACACGUAGAAUCUGGCUCCGGUCGGUCGGACCAGGAGAGUCCAGUUCACCAGGGAGUUCAGCCGCGAUACGUUUUUCCACUGGUAACAAAUCGUCGGUAAGAGUUCAGGCAGAAUAGUCGACCUCUCUGCUGUGGGGGGGGGGGGGUCCUAUCGCGUCAUGGUGGGAAGAUUGACUGCAACACAGCAGUGACGUGAGAAGUUGUAGUUCUUGGAAUACGAUGUCCAUAUAUGAUGUAAAGCUCUCAAGCAAAUGGCCUUGAUGUUAUGUAAAAAGUUGAUGAGUUUGUUUUCAUCAUAUUUGAAUUGAUGGAGGAGUUUUAGCUUUGUGAAAAAAUCUUUUGUCUACUUUGCUUUUUAUUCAGUCAUUCACGUUUAUUUCCUUUGCUCUGAUGACCUUAUUUAAUGUUUAUGUGAUAUUAAUAUAAAUGCAAUCCUUGGUUGGGAAAGGAGCAGUUUUAUCGCAUUUUAUUAUUGUCGUUAUUUUAUGGUUAAAAGAAGCCGAGGGUCAGAAACUGUCAGAGGGAGAAGCUCUACGAGGAAGAUGUGUAUUUCAUUGAAGAGGUCCGGCCUGCGUUUGAAUAAAUAGCCAGAAUGUUUUGGAUCCUGCUGCAAUUUCUUUGUCGUUUGUCCAGUUCGAGCAAACGCACACUCGUGCUAUUAGAAUUUUCCAGAACUCUGUCUUCCAGGUCAACUUGAGCUGUCAAAACGUCCCGUCAGGAGUCCGGAGUCCAGCUACAGAAGAAGAAGAAAGCAGCGCUCAACCAGCCGUUAGCAGGCUGCAGUUACUAUCAAUAGGAUGUUAUAGGUUUUCUUUUUUCUUUUUUGCUUCUUCCCCUUGAUGUAUUUUAUUGUCUGGACUUUUGUGUUAAUUUUGAUGUUUGUUUUAUAAUAAAACAACACAUGAUAGUUGCUGGCAAAUAG